AUUACACUGGAGGAUAUCCAGUCAAUCUCAAAUACCAACAAUCCAAUCAGCUCUACUGCACCUUACAACGUGGAUUUUACUGAGGCAAUAAGCCAAGAUGUAAGUCUGCAGGAAGCCAUGUACACAUCAAGUCACAGUGUCAGGUCCAUUGAAGAUUUGCCCCCAACACCAGAAAGCUUCAUGCAGUUAAACUCAUCUACUGUUCAUGGAGGACCCCUGAGUGUAACAGAUUUAACAUCUUUAUUUCCAACUACUGAUAACUGCUCUAGAAACUCAACAAAUCAAGAUCUUCUUUCUGGUCUUGACGAGAAUGUAUUUGAUGAAAUUAAUUUAAUGUCCUUAGCCCUGGAAGAAGGAUUUGAUCCUUUGGAGGUGUCUCAGUUGUUUGAAGAACCAGACUCAGAUUCUGGACUUUCUCGCAUAUCUGAUUCUUCAUCUGUAACCUUUGGGGAGGAUGAAGGAGCUGCUGGCUACAGCAGUGACUCUGAAUCUGUCUCUUAUGAUGGCCUAGAAGGGGCAGUUGGAGGAAGCUGGACAGAUAUCAACAAACUUUGCCAGAUGGAUUAUCAAGAUGAUGAAAGUUACUAUGAUGAAGUUUCGUUAAAUAAUGUCCGCCAUAACCAUACAUACAAUCAGCUGCCUGACCAGUUAGAGCAUAGUCCUGAACAUCAUUACAGCUGGACAGCAAAAUCAGGUAAAUUAAGAAGCCCCUGUGUUGGUGGAAUGGAGAAAAGCCUCAGCCGUGAUGAACGUCGGGCUAAAUCCCUAAAAAUUCCCUUCUCUGUAGAUGAAAUUGUUAGCAUGCCCGUAGAGAUGUUUAACAACAUGUUAUCCAAGCAUUACUUGACUGAGACACAGAUAUCUGUUAUAAGAGAUAUUCGGCGUAGGGGGAAAAACAAGGUCGCUGCUCAGAACUGUAGAAAACGUAAGCUGGAUGUCAUUUUGAACUUGGAGGACGAUGUAAAUCAGUUAAAGGCACAGAAAGAAAAGCUUUUAAAAGAGAAAGCUCAAUGCAGCAAGUCCGUGAGCCACUUGAAACAGAAACUCAAUGACCUCUACCGCAAUGUGUUUAGCCGACUACGAGAUGAUCAGGGCAGGCCGGUCAAUCCAAGCCAAUAUGCACUGCACUGUAAUAGUGAUGGCAGCAUCAUGGUUGUUCCAAGAAGACUGUUCAAAUCUGAGCAAAAAAAAGAUUCACAGAAAGAAAAGAAACAAAAAUAA